AUGAAAAUGUCAGACUUCGAGCGAAUAAGGCUAGUGAUUUUGGGCGGGGCCGGUGUGGGUAAAAGCUGCAUCAUAAAGCGAUUCCUGUUCAAAACGUACUCCGACAAGUAUCGGCCAACGGUGGAAGACCUCUACAACCGGGAGUAUGACCUCGGUUCGGUCACGCUAAAGGUUGACAUCCUUGAUACGUCCGGUGAGAUGCAGUUUCCGGCGAUGAGACGGCUCUCGAUUGCGACGGCUCAUGCGUUCCUGCUCGUGUACGCGACCACAUCGGAGGCAAGCCUCGGCUGCAUCAAGCAGUGCUUCGAGGAGAUACGCGAACAGCGGGCCGACUUCCAGGACAUUCCCAUGGUAAUUGUGGGCAACAAGUACGAUCUGACGGCAUCGCACCGGGAGGUACGCAUCGAGGACGUCUCCGAGUGGGUGUUCUGCGAGCUGCCCAAGCUAAAGGUGAAGGUGCUCGAGUGCUCGGCGAAGGAUGAUUACAAUAUAAUGGAAAUAUUUCGUACGUUUGUCACGCUGUCCCGCAUCCUGCCGGUGAACGGUAGCGCCGAGUCCGGUUCCGGCUUGAAGCGACGCUCGUCAGCCUACGUCAGUGCCAGCAGUAAAGCAAAAUCACGAAUCGGAAGUCCGUCCAUUGGAGGUUGUGAAAAGCCAAAGGAUUCGUCGUUCCUGGCGGCAUCCACGUCCGAGGGCACUAGCGGCACUAGUGGUCUUGGCGGUGGCGUUACCGGUGGUGGUGAUGUAAAGGCAAAACCUCGCUCAAGAUCGCUCAUUCGAAGGUCGUCCCGCAAGACGAAGCAACAGAUCCAAAAUGCAUCCGGCGCGGAAGACUGCAACAUUCAGUGA